CAGAGUAAAGAAUAUACAAAUGGCUAUCUAUAAAUGAACAUUAAUGUCAAAGUAUAGCAUAAACAAAGUGUCUUCUUAUCAAUCAAAAUCUUAUCUGGAGACCAGGAAUACUUUUAACUUUCCUCAAUGUGGAAAAGAUUCUUCAUUCGAGUCAGAGCUCAUCACUAUGCUGAAGGUUGCCAAGCAACAGAAAUUAUCCAAAUCGAACGUGAGCAAAGAAAUGAAGGGCUAUGGCAACUUAAGCCCAUGGGAUCGGAGCGGAUGGAGAUGCGUAAGCGGCAGACAUCGUUGCAGCAGGAGAUGCCAGGCUCUGCACAGUCACAACAGGGUGCUGGUAACCGUGGUUCGAAUGCUUGCUGUUUUUGCUGGUGCUGCUGCUGCAGCUGCUCAUGUCUUACUGUUAGGAAUGAAGAUGAUGAACGAGCAAGAAGGAUGUCUCAGGAAGCUAGAGGAGAAAAUCUGCCAAACUGUGAAGAAAGUUCAAAGCCGACACUUGAAGAAGUACAGUCCUGGGGUCAGUCUUUCGACAAGUUAAUGAAAAGCCCCGCAGGAAGAAAUGCAUUCCGAGAAUUUUUACGAACAGAAUACAGUGAGGAGAAUAUGCUGUUCUGGCUAGCCUGUGAGGAUCUAAAGAAGGAAGUCAACAAAAACCUUGUUGAGGAGAAAGCAAGAUUAAUAUAUGAGGAUUAUAUAUCCAUUCUUUCACCUAAAGAGGUUAGUCUUGAUUCCAGAGUACGUGAGGUCAUCAACAGAAACAUGCUUGAUCCUACCCCUCACACAUUUGAUGAUGCACAGCUUCAGAUUUACACAUUAAUGCACAGAGACUCUUAUCCAAGAUUCCUGAACUCUGCAGUCUACAAAACCCUGCUUCAAUCCUUAACUGAUACAUCAUCAGAACCUUAAGACCUUUUGACUAUGUUGCUAAAAAUAAAAAAAAGAGGAGGUAUCUGUGAACUGUAGCUGCUCACAGCGACACUGGAACUGUAUGAUCUUCACCAGAAAGUAAUACUCAGGCAUACUUUACUAAGGAUUUUAAUGUCUACCUGCAGAAAGUUCUGAACACAGGCCAAAACACAGCUUCAGAUCAACGCAGCAAGAUUUCUCCAAAGGAUGACUGAUGAAAUGUCAGUCAUUUUAAAGCCUGUAGUUGUAUUUUUUACAUAAUAUAGUAAUAAGAUGUACUCGAAGACAAGACUUUGAUAGCGGAAGUGCCUUGAUAUUCCUCUACUGACUCCUCACCUGAGCUACAUAUGCUAUGAUGCAGUUUAAAAUUCUUCUACCAUUCCAUACUGUGAUAAUGAUGCCAUCAUCACAAUCAGCAUUAUUUUGGGCGGUACUUCCACUUGUCUUGGAGUAUAUAUACUUGAUAUAUGUAAACAUAGUGCUGAUGGAAACAAAAUGGAUCAACUUCAAGUAUCUAAACCAAUUGGUUUGGAAAAAUACUGCCUAUAAAACAUGUUCAGUUGUAAGACUGCUAUUAUUUUAAUAUCAAAAUUUUGCUUAAAAUGCAAUUUUUUUAGCUACAAUUUGUGAAUGUUUAUAAAAUUUAAUUUUAAAGAUUUUAUGAAUGGUUUUAUUUUGCAAAUGGAAAAUGGACAACA